ACGCCAACAAAAAGAAAGACAAGAAGCAAAAAUAAAAUAAAGAAGCAAGCUUCUGGCAAUGGAGUCUUCUCCUCAUCCGCUUUCGCACUGGGAUUAUUUCGUAGUAUUGAUUCUGCGUCCGAUCAUCGCUGUUUCUUUUGUGGUUUUGUUUAUAUCUCUGGGAUGGCUUUUGGCAUGGAAGCUGGUGCUGGUACAUGUACCUCUAGUGCAAGAGAUAUUCGGUUUGCGUAAAAAGCCCGUUAAACCGAAACCCAAGACCCGUCGCUUUUCCAGAUAUUACAACUCCAUUAAUGCAAGAAAUUCUGCUGCUGGAAUGAAGAUAUCUGGAUCAGCAGGAGAUCAAACUUCUUGAAUUCUUGCAGAUUGUUGCCAGGGAGACAAAGUGAAGGAACAAAUCUAAACUCCUUGUUGGAUCCCAACAAAGGAAUCUACAAUGCAGAUAAUCAGAGGUUUACAUGUUUUGUAUAUAGUUUCGUUGGCAUUCUGAAAUUCAUAUAAGAAAAUCCAUAGUAGUUGGGAAUUUCAUUUAAUUCCAAGUUCCAUGAAAUCUGAUUUUUUUAAAAAAAAAAAAAAAUUUUAUAAUCAUUUAAGUGUAUGUUUAUGGUCAUCGCAUUGGAAAGGAAUAUGCAAAUCAACAAAGGGUGAAUUGUUAUUUACUUCCUCUAA